AUGCCACACGACAAGAAAAUUACUCGGCGCAGCCGAUCUCGCGAUCGCGAACGAGAACGCGAGCGCGACCGAGAGCGACGCGACCGUCGACGUACCAGAAGUCGAUCUAAAGAUCGCAAGAAGGACAGGAAGCGAUCUAGAUCGCAGGAGCGAUCACGGGAGCGAGAUAGAUCACGUGAGCGCGACAGAUCGCGAGAAAGAGAGCGCGAUCGCUCGAGAGAGCGUCGCGACGUCAAGGACAGAUCCAAGGACGAAAAGAAACGCAAGGGUAGUCCCACGCUCGCCGAAGACGAUUCGAAGAAGGAUCUGAAGAGUGAUGCUAAAAAAGAGGAGGAGGAGACAGAAGAGAAGGUCAAGUCGAUACCAAAAAAGGAACCAUUGAGUCUCGAGGAAUUAUUGGCCAAGAAGAAAGCGGAAGAGGAAGCUCGAGCUAAACCAAAAUUUCUCACUAAGGAAGAACGAGCGAUUUUAGCACUGGAGAAACGUCAGCAGGAAGUAGAAGUGAUAAGAAAGCAACAGGAGGAAGAACGCAAGUUGCUGUUUCACAAUGAUAGUACUGGCAAGGAGAGAGAAUGGGAUGACAGAGAUAGUAGAAGGAGAGAUGGACAACGCUCGCGUGAAGACGAGAUCAAGGACAAAGACAAAGAAAAAGAAGUAGAGGCCAUCAAGGAACGGUAUUUGGGUUUGGUGAAGAAGAAGCGGCGAGUUAGAAGAUUAAAUGAUCGAAAAUUUGUUUUUGAUUGGGAUACUUCAGAGGAUACUUCUGUGGAUUAUAAUAGCAUUUACAAAGAGAGGCAUCAAGUGCAAUUCUUUGGACGAGGUAAUCUAGCAGGUAUCGAUAUCAAGGCACAAAAGCGGGAUCAGAGCAAGUUUUAUGGUGAAUUGUUAGAGAAGAGACGUACAGAAGCUGAGAAGGAACAAGAGAAAAUGAGGUUAAAGAAAGUAAAGCGAAAGGAGGAAAAGCAAAAAUGGGACGAUCGACACUGGUCCGAAAAAGCCUUGAACGAGAUGACCGAGCGUGAUUGGCGUAUCUUCAGAGAAGACUACAACAUCACGAUAAAAGGAGGACGCAUUCCUGAUCCUAUUCGUUCUUGGAAGGAAUCUGGCUUUCCAAAAGAGAUUCUGGAUAUUAUUGAUAAAGUUGGUUAUAAGGAUCUCACGCCCAUUCAGCGACAAGCUAUUCCUAUCGGUCUACAAAAUCGUGAUAUCAUUGGUGUCGCCGAAACUGGUUCAGGAAAAACUCUGGCAUUUCUGAUUCCGCUGCUAUUGUGGAUCACUAGUCUACCGAAAAUUGAGAGACUUGAGGAAGCGGACCAAGGCCCUUACAGUAUCAUCUUGGCACCUACUCGUGAAUUAGCGCAACAAAUAGAAGAAGAAACUAAUAAAUUUGGCCAACCAUUGGGCAUUCGAACUGUCGUUGUAGUGGGUGGUUUGUCGAGAGAGGAGCAAGGUUUCAGAUUACGAAUGGGCUGUGAGAUCGUUAUUGCCACACCUGGCCGAUUGAUAGAUGUUUUGGAGAAUCGUUAUCUUGUAUUAAAUCAGUGUACUUACAUCGUAUUGGACGAAGCAGACAGAAUGAUAGAUAUGGGUUUUGAACCAGAUGUACAAAAAAUUCUGGAAUAUAUGCCUGUGACAAAUCUGAAACCGGAUAAUGAGGAUGCAGAAAAUGAAGAAAAACUUUUGGCCAACUACAAUACAAAGAAAAAAUAUAGACAAACGGUGAUGUUUACCGCCACCAUGCCACCAGCUGUAGAACGACUUGCCAGAACUUAUUUGAGAAGACCAGCAGUAGUAUAUAUUGGCAGUGUCGGUAAGCCGACAGAACGCACCGAGCAAAUAGUUCACAUAAUGGGUGAAGCUGACAAGCGAAAGAAACUUAUGGAAAUACUUAGCAGAGGCGUUGAACCGCCUGUCAUUAUAUUUGUCAAUCAAAAGAAGGGUGCGGAUGUCUUGGCAAGAGGCUUAGAAAAAUUAGGAUAUAAUGCUUGUACCUUGCAUGGUGGCAAAGGCCAAGAACAGAGAGAAUAUGCUCUGGCAUCUCUUAAGGGUGGAAGUAAGGAUAUUCUGGUAGCCACUGAUGUCGCGGGGCGAGGUAUCGAUAUCAAGGAUGUAUCAAUGGUCAUUAACUAUGACAUGGCUAAAACUAUUGAGGAUUAUACGCACAGGAUUGGUCGAACCGGUCGUGCUGGCAAAGCUGGUCUCGCUAUUUCCUUUUGCACAAAAGACGACAGUCAUUUGUUUUAUGAUCUUAAGCAAACGAUCCUGGCUAGCCCAAUAUCUACUUGUCCGCCUGAAUUGCUGAAUCAUCCGGAUGCUCAGCAUAAGCCUGGCACAGUAGUCACGAAAAAGCGACGGGAAGAGAAGAUAUUUGCUUAAACUUUCUUUGUGGCAAGCACUUUGAGAUUUUUUAAGGCUCGGUUCUUUCGCAGCGCGACGUGGAUUAUGUGACGUCAGGAGCGAGACGUAUAAAAAAUUUCUUGCAUCAUAUAGCUUUAUUUUGUAUUUUUCCCUUAAAAACAUGAUAUUUUCAUCUUCUUAAAACUUAAAAAAUACCCGAAAGUAAAAUAUCUGUCCAAUAGAUCACGUAAAAGUGUAAAAUAAUUCCUGAAACAAUGGUCAGUCAAUGGUCACUGCUCAGCUAUUAGAAACACCUAGAUCUAAUGAUCUGAUGAUUUCUAAUGGCUGUGUAUCAUUAUUUCAAGGAUUAUUUUACACUUUUACGUGAUCUAUUCGUAAAUCGUGAUUGGACAGAUAUCUUACUUAUCUA